UGGAAAUACGUCUCUCUAACUGUGCAUCUUUAUUUCAACCUGUCACUCUUAGUCCAUCUCUGGCCAAUGCUUUCAUGUAUCUGCACUAAUAACUGUGACCAGACCUGUUGGCUAUCAUAUGCAGAAAUGGAGGAUGCUUUUACUCAUCACUGUCACAAAGCCAUCUUUCCACCCUAUGCAACCUUCUGCAGAUAAAAAGGAGGAUGUGAAGAGCCUAAACAAAUACUCAAAACUGUGGACACAUGUGGUGCAAAAUACAAGACAAGAGUAGACCAUUUCCAAGACAAGCCUGACUGAGACCCUACCACAAUAAAUUCUUCUUGACCCUUUGUUAUUUCAAUUCAUUUUUGUUUUGCUUUCGUUUUUUGGUGGUGGUAAAUAUUGAUCUAUCUCCUCAGUUCAUAGAAUCAUCCUCACAGGACCCACACAGUGCCCCUCAGAGGGGCGAUGCCAGUCUUGCUAAAUGCCGACACCUCUUUUAGCUCCAAACAGGAGCUCCUGGACCUGCAGGACUGUCCUCUCAGCAGGGGCCCCUCUUUGGACACCCCUAGUCCUGCGGAUUCCCAGACAGGCAGCCCCAUAGGCUCUGGUUCCAGAAACCCUGACAGCCCCGUAGCUGAUGACACCCUAAUUUUCACCGGGGCUUCGACGCUUCCUGGGCCAAUAUAUGGGGGGGAAACAAGAUCCAAUGCAGAGACUCCUAUUGGGCUAAAGUUGAUCUCUGCUAACACAGAUCAGCUGUGUGGCUGGGGAGCUCUGACCCCCAAAGGCAUACAAGUUUUCAACACUCCUCGGUGGGUGUUGUUCUUCCUUUGUGUGGCCUCUUUCCUCCAGGGGAUGAUAAUCAAUGGCUUUAUUAACACAGUGAUCACUUCCAUCGAGCGACGCUUUGACCUGCGCAGCUACCAGGCUGGCCUCAUCGCCAGUUCCUAUGACAUCGCUGCAUGUGUGUGCCUGGCUUUUGUCAGUUACUUUGGUGGUACGGGUCACAAGCCCCGCUGGCUGGGAUGGGGAGUACUGAUCAUGGCAUUGGGUUCUCUGAUGUUUGCCUUGCCUCACUUCACCACACCUCCCUAUCAGGUCAGUCUACCUGAGCAAACAGGAAUGUGCUCUGCUAACCGUACCAGCCCGUGCCAGAACAAAGAGAGAGGAGGACUGUCUAGCUAUCGCUUUGUGUUCAUGCUGGGCCAAUUUCUGCACGGUAUCGGUGCUACGCCUCUCUACACAUUAGGGGUCACAUACCUGGAUGAGAAUGUCAACUCCAACUAUGCGCCUGUUUACAUAGGGAUCUUCUACACAGCAGCCAUUGUGGGCCCAGCAGCGGGUUACCUGCUGGGAGGUUACUUCCUCAACAUGUACACUGAGAUCCAUCUAACGACAGAAAUGACUCCAGAGAACCCUCACUGGGUCGGGGCUUGGUGGAUUGGCUUUUUAGCAGGAGGAGCGGCCGCUCUACUGGUAGCGUUCCCCAUCCUGGGCUACCCACGACAACUACCAGGCUCUCAGGAGUAUGUGGCCAUGCGCGUGUCUGAGGCCCACCAGCUUAAGGAUGGAAGCCACACCACUGCCUCAGACCCUCAGUUUGGCAAAUCAGUUAAAGACAUGCCAAGAUCUGUGCUGCUCCUCUUAAAAAAUCCCACCUUCCUGUUCCUGUGUUUGGCUGGGGCUACUGAGGCCACCCUCAUCGCUGGCAUGUCCACCUUUGGUCCAAAGUUCUUGGAGUCACAGUUCAGUCUCAGUGCAUCAGAGGCUGCCACAUGGUUUGGAUAUAUGGUGGUACCGGCAGGAGGUGGGGGCACCUUCUUGGGUGGCUACAUUGUGAAGAAGUUGAACCUGCGCUGUCGAGGUAUCAUCCGCUUCUGCAUGGUGUGUGCGAUGGUCAGUCUAGUUGCCAUCUUCAUCUUUCUCAUCCACUGUCCCAACGUGCCCAUGGCUGGUAUCACAGUGCCUUACCAGUCUGGUCUGAAGUCAAAACACCAACUGGACCCAUACAAACACAUAUAUGACAGUCCCAGCAAACUGCACCUCAGAAACAGCUCUUCUUUAGAUGUGGGCUGUAAUGCAGGUUGUAGUUGUGUCAGAGAGCUCUUCAACCCAGUGUGUGGGGCGGAUGGAGUGAUGUAUUACUCCCCUUGCCACGCUGGCUGCACAACCAUCAACUACACCCAUCACUCAAUGGGCAAACAGGUGUACUCUGGAUGUAGCUGUGUGGUGGGUAAUGUGUCCUGGGGUGAGGAGGGCUUCGCUCUGGCAGGGAAGUGUGGCAGUUCCUGUCAUCACAUGCCAGCCUUCCUCUCCUUACUCUUCAUCAUUAUCGGCUUCACCUUCCUCUGUAGCAUCCCAGCACUCACUGCCACACUCAGGUGUGUACCAGACAGCCAGAGAUCCUUUGGUCUUGGCAUCCAGUGGAUUGUGGUGCGCACGCUAGGCGGCAUACCAGGACCCAUAGCAUUUGGCUCAGUGAUUGACAUAGCCUGCUUACUGUGGCAAGAUAAGUGUGGCGAGCAGGGAUCGUGCUACCUCUAUCACAAUUUUGCCAUGAGCCAGUACACACUGGUAGCUGGAAUCCUCUAUAAGGUUUUGGGGACCAUCUUUUUCCUGGUAGCCAGCGUCCUGUACCAGCCUCCCCCAGAGUCACCACAAAGCAGCUGUGAGAGCACUGACCAUGGCAUGGGACACGGUAUCGAUCUUCCUGUGAAAGAUCUCCCUGAGGAUGGCGUCAUUGUCAACCUGCAUGCCAGGCUAUGAUGUCAGGGAUCACCUAACCACUGAGUGUGUGUGUGUGUGUGUGUCUGUGAGAGAGCGAGCGAGAUAGAGACAAACAGUCCCAGAAUGCCUUCAUGCACACACAAAAACACACCAUGACUUUCUAUAGCAUGUCAUGAUGUCAUGAUGCUGCUGUCUUGACAGAAAAUCCAGCUUUGAAUACACGGGUGUGAGUGUUUUGCAGACAGGGCAAAGCCACACAGGUUUUUCUGCCCUAAAAAGAAAAACAUUCCUCAAACGUCUCUAACUAAUCAGCUUGAAUGACUCCUUAGAGCGUGAGUUUCAUGACAUUUCUGUUUCAUAAUUUAAUAUCCUUCAAAAGCCAAUGAAACACCACAGACCUUAGUGGUAUAUGAAGCAUUUAUGAUGUGAACAAAAAGAAGCAUUUAUACCUGUCGUAUGUUAUUUCACUUUGUUUUCUACCCACACAUAAAGCAAUGGCCUGUUAUACUCCAUGACAUCCCACAGCCAGUGUUAAUGAAGCCAAAUUAUCUUCAUCUGUCUUGUGUUACUUAAAAGGAAAAGGCAUGCACCUACACUUACCCACACUUUUUAGAAACCUGAAAGGAAAAGUUGUCUAAUUUUCCCCAAAAAUCUUCACUCAGUAUCCCGUAUUAAGACAUUUAUAACACAUUUUUUAAGUUUUGAAAUAUAAUACAAUUUAGAACCCUGAUCCAGUACUUUAUUGAGCUCCUUUAACACUAAGUACAGCUUCCAGUCCUCUUGGGUAAGUGUCUACAGGCUUUGGACAGUUAAUAAAAUGAUUAUUGGCAAAUCCUCUCAAGAUAUGUCACAGACGAUAGGAAAGAUCUAUGAACUGACAUCUUCAGGUAUUUCCAGUUAUCCACAGGUCUUAUCAUGAAGGCAUUCCAGUGAUGCAGUCAUGUUAGCAACUCAUUUUAAUGGCUUUUCAGAACUAACUCUAUUUUCUGAAUUAACUCUCUGCAGAGAUUUGUGUUGCUCACUUAGAGCAAUUUUAGUCCCCUCUCUGUUCAAAGCCCUUUUUGUUUACUUUCUCAGUUUGUCUUUUUCUCAGAGCGUUGCUUGUGGCAAACAUUUUUCAAUUCACAGUUAUUGAGGCUCCUGCGAUUGCUCAAAGCAUCAGCAAUAGUUUCACAUCUUGUCAGAUUUGUCAUCACACACUUACAUAUAUUGAUGCAGGUCUCUGCCUUUCUAAACUAUCUUCAGAGCAAAUAAAGCAAACAAGAUUACCUCAAUUUGAAAUGCCACAGAAAAAUGUUUGAAUGCUCUUUUAAGUGAUAGAUUCCAACUUUGGAUUUUUAAUGAACUGGCAGUGAAUUCUAAAAAGAAAAUGAAAACAUAUUUUAACUUUGUCAAUACGGGUUACUGAGGGUAGAUUGAUGGGCAAUGCCCUUGUUCAAAUUUAAUGUAAAACACAAUUAAAUGUGCAAAAAGGUGAACUUCCAGUCUCCAGAGUACUUUCAGGGUACUGUAUAUAUUAAUGCAAUAAACGUAAAGCAUUGGUCCCAGUACAGCAGCACAAAUAUAUCUUCAAUUUAAAAAGUAUGUGUAUUUUGAUAGAUACUUGGACAUAUAUAAACAAGAGUUGAACCAGUUACAAGCUUAUAAUUAAAAGUAGUGAAAUGCAGGGAAAUAUGAUGUAUUUGAAUUGAAAUCCAUCUAUUGAGCUCUGUAGAGAUUAUUGCUCUGUUUGCCAAUCAAGUAAUAUUACCUUUGAUGCUUCUCUUUUAUAGAAAUUCCACUGAAGUAUGUUGGUACACAAAAAAGGUGUUUUAACACCAGCAUUUAAAAUAGUCCAGUAUUUCAGUAAAAUUUGUUAUUGCCAAUGAAAAAAUCAGCAUAAAUCUGCAGUAUCCUGUUCAGAUGUGAUCAACUUUGGCACAUGAAUUUGUGCCACAACCAGCAGACAUUUUUCACAACAAAUAUAUUGUCUUGUCAAAGCAGAAAAAGCACAUUUGAGUCAUUAACAAUGCUUUAGUUCCAUUAUGCAUCCCUGUAGACCUGUAAACCCUGUAAGACAUGAAGCCAGAUGUGUAGAUGUGUUCUGGGACCAUAAAACUAGCUCAUUUAAAUGGAUCCUUUUUGCUGUUAAUGUAAGUCCUGCUAUGAAGCCUCAGGCUGAGCCUUUUUCCUGUCACCAUCUGAACCAGAGGGCUUCAAACACAACCCGAAAAUCAAAGUAAAAAAAAUAAAAUAAAAUGAUGCAGUAACGUAGUGUAUUUUGCCAAAAUUUCAUUGCUCAUGAACUCAAAAUGAGACUCGGUAGUUUGUAUCAUCUCAGUGUGCUUGUAUGUAUCCCUGACAUCAGGGUAUGCUCGGGGUGCAACCUGGCAGUGUUGGAUGGAAAGAAACAUAAUGUCCCAGAGGUGUUCUAUUGGAUUUAGGUAAGGUGAGCAUGAGGGUGAAUCACUGGUAUUUAUUCCUUCAUCCUCAUUCAUCCUACCUGUGUGCUCUUCCGACAUGAGGCUGGGCAUUGUCGUGCACCAGUAGGAACCCAGGACUUAAUGCACUAGCACAGGGUCUGGGUCUGGGAUUUCUUCUCAAUACCUAAUGGAAGACAGGGUGCCGUUGCCUAGGCCAUAGAGGUCUGCGCAUCCCUCCAUGGAUAUGCCUCCCCAGACCAUCACUGAUCUAUCAUUAAACUGAUCAUGCUGAUUGAUGUUACAUGUUACUGUUCUUCAUACUAUUCUCCAUGGCUUCUCCAGAUCCUUUCACACAUGCUCAGAGUGAACCUGCUCUCAUGUAAAAAGCACAGGGCACCACUGGUGGACCUGCCAAUUCUGGUAUUCUAUUGGAAAUGCCAAUUGGGCUCCAAAUUACUAGGAAGUGAAUACAAAGCCCACUAAAGAGCCCCUGAUGAAGUCUGUUUCUCAUUAUUUAGUCAGAGAUGUUGACACUAGUGGCCUGCUGAAGGUCAUUUUGAAGGACUCUGGUAGUGCUCAUCCUGCUCUUCUUGCACAAAGGAGCCAAGGGACCUUCUAUGGCCCUGUCCAGCUUUCGUACAGUAACUGCCUAUGUCUUAGAAUCUCCCCCAGGCUCUUCAGACUGUGCUGGGAGACACAGCAAACUUUGUGGCAAUGGUACAAAUUGAUGUGCUAUCCUGGACCAGUCAGACUACUUGUGCAACCUCCGUAGGGUCCAGGUGUCACCUCAUACCACCAGUAGUGGCACUGACCGUAGCCAUUGCAAAACUAGUGAAAAAACAGUCAAUAUGUCUUACUCCUUCUCCAACACUGCUCUCUCCUUCCUCAUUUCCACCUCAUCAUCUUCCUCCUCACCUCACCUUUACAGCCUCCUCCAGAAGAAAUAGUUAUGGACACUAGCUGAGGUAAGCGAGGAGUUACAGCCUGUACUCACUACAGAUGAAUAAUCCUAGCUAUGGGGUCCAGAGUUGUUUGUCCUACAGUGGCCACUGUAGCUAGAAUUAUGCACUGAAAUCUGUAAUCGACUGACAUCUAGUGAUGAGAUCUUACACUCCAUACCUUUAAGUAGAGGUUUUUGGUUGCAGAAGUCCACUUGAGUAAACAGAACCACUCUUGUUCUGCAGAGUUCCUGCUCCCAUAUUUGGCUGUUUUAAAUGCUGGUAUGACGGAACCUUUUUAGAGUGUAAGCUUGAAUGCUGGGCUUGCGGAAGGUGACACACAAUUGGCAUGACUUGCAGUAUAAAAAACUCUGCCCAGUUUUGAAUCUUUUUGUCACAGUACUGUAUGUGUGUAAAUGUGCCAAAGCAGCUUUGCAUAAUAACUCUUGUAUUUCAUUUUUAAUCACUAAUUUUAAAUUUAUUAUUUAUAAUAUUUCAGCACUCAUAUUUAAGUCUGUGCAUUCACUUUGCAAUGAAUAACAAGAAUGCUGUGCUGCCCUUUGUCAGACAAACAAACAAACCCUGUUCCUGUCUGUAUCUUUUUUUUUAUAGCGUUGUUGGUAUGUACUCUGCUCAUGUAAGAAAUCAUCUAUAGGCCCUCCAGCUGAUGUUGAGGUGUGUGAUUUUCACAUGAAUGUAUGUAUGCAUUCCUCCUUGUGAUUGUCAAUCAAUUCCUGAGCUUUGACAAGCCACUUUGUAAAUCAGUUUAUAUUUCUUUUUUUUAAUUUUCUUUUGGUACUGUUUUUUUUUGUUUUUGUUUUUUUUAAUGGAAGCAAUGGGUGUGAAAUCUGUGAUCUUUUUAUGGAAUGAUUCAAAGAUGUCAAGGGUUUUCUAAUUACAAAAGCUCAACAACA